AUGGCUCAGCUACCCCAGAUUGCCAUUCUUGGAGCUGGAAUUUUUGUUAAAACUGAGUACAUACCGAGGUUAGCUGAGAUUUCUGAUCUGUUCAUUCUCAGAGCCAUAUGGAGCCGUAGUGAGGAGUCGGCCAAAGGUGCUGUUGAGAUUGCUAAGAAGUUUUUUCCAGAGGUGGAAUGCAAGUGGGGUGAGGCAGGACUCGAUGAAAUUAUUCAAGAUGCUUCCAUUAUUGGCGUUCUUGUGGUUCUUGCUGCCAAUAUUCAGGUGGAUAUGUCAGUGAGGCUGCUGAAGGGAGGAAAGCAUGUCCUUCAAGAGAAACCAGCAGCAGCUUCACUUAGUGAGGUGGAAACUGCAUUGUCAUUCUAUAGUUCUUUAAGCACCACCUUGCCUUUUAAGCCUAUUUGGGCAGUUGCUGAGAAUUAUCGUUUUGAACCUGCUUUUGUGGAGGGCACAAAACUAAUGGCCGAAAUUGGAGAUACAGUGAAUUUUCAGAUAAUUGUUGAAGUACCGAUGAAUAGCUCAAGUCCUUACUUCUCAACUUCUUGGAGACACAACUUUACUGGUGGUUUCAUACUAGAUAUGGGAGUACAUUUUAUUGCAACACUGAGAAUGCUUACAGGAUGUGAGGUAACUUCAGUGUCAGCCAUGACUUCUCAUGUAGAUAAGAGUUUGCCUCCCCCUGAUAGUAUCUCCUCAACAAUUCAAAUGGAGAAUGGGUGUUCUGGAGUCUAUGUAACUGUUGUAUCAGCAAAAUCACUCAAGUUGUUAUGGCGAGUUGUAGGCUUAAAAGGAACGCUGCAAUUUGAGGUGGAAAAGAGAGAAGGAAGUAUCGGAUACUUGGUUACCCUUUUUACUUCCGAUGGGCAAAGCAAGAGCUCAUACUAUCCUUCUAGUGGGGUGACCGAGGAGCUAAAAACUUUCAUCUCUGAUAUUUCACAUGCAACUAUAGAGAAAGAUCAUAGUCACCAACCAGAGCCUCGCAUCACUUAUCUUGAAGGUGCUCGAGAUGUUGCUGUUUUAGAGGCAAUGCUUGAAUCUGGAGAGAGGAAAGGAGAACUAGUGCAAGUGAAAAAGUUUUAG